GCCUAAGUUGGUCUCACAGUCCGUCGGAAGCUUAAUGGAUGUGAGCCCUGGUAGUCUGCGGGCUCCGAUAAUGACACGAACCCUCACAAUCGACCAUGGUGGAUUCACCUCACCACGGACGCCGCUCAGAGCCCUAUCAGCUAUGAUUCUUAGCCUGAAGCAGUGUGUUACGCAUUGCGCACAUCGUUUAGAACGAGUGAAGGAAAACGAGCUCUCAAGCAAUGAUAACAAUAGAUAUACGCUCACGGUGACAUGCAGACUCAUCGGCCCACGAAUGCAUCGCCGCUACAGACGAGACGCUAGGGCUGUUCCUGGCUGUCUCAGGCGAUCAGGCGGCCACUUUUUGAAAGGCAUGACUAGCGGCACCUGUGAACUGUUGGCCUUCGAUAUCGCGUUCCGUGUGCGGACGGUGAAUCCUUCCAACUCACUCAUCAAUGUCUUCGGGAGGCUUGCAUGUUCCAGGGUGAAACGUGAGAUUGGGCUGCCCACAUUUUACCUUGUUGUGGUCCUCCACGCGCACGCUUCGAGGUCAUACAUCAAGGGAGCGAAUACAGUCGGGACUGUUCAUUUGCUGAUGCAUCUGUGCACAAGGCGAUGCAUGAAGCCGAACACGAUGCACGUCUUACUCGCGCAAACUUUAUGUAUACAAGGAGUAGCACUCGGUUCGAGUCGACCACUCGACGACCAGCAACGAGGUCUGGUGGAGAAAGCCCUCGUCUGAACAUCCACACUCGAACGCAUUCAUUGGACACUAGCUUGCCUUCGUGCCUCCGUCAACAGCACUCGCAUUGCAUUCAUGCACCUUGUACGGUGGUAGCGACUGGGCAUGUACGGACAUUGUAGACGAGCUCUUAUAACCAUCGGCUGCGCAAGGACACCCAGGUGCAGCUGUCAUAGAGUAUCACUUAUUAUUAUACAACGAUUAUCAAGAAUUCCACCUUGGAACGUUUGAACAGGAUCCUGGCGUGCACAACUCCACGAGUGCCCAGGUGAGCGGAAUUCUAAGGGUUGGGGUUGGGGUUACUCUGAUCCACCUCUGUUUCAACCCUAAGGUCGACGGUGACCUCGGGAGUGAAUCGUUGCAUUCUUUGAUACAUAUC